AUGUUCACCAGCACGGUGGUCGCGCCAAGGCUGCCCAAUGCAGAUGGCGAUCCGUGGUCAUGCCGCAAGUACCUCGUCGCGGCGCCGGGCGGGAGGCUGAUGGUGGUGCUCGAGGAUUCCAAGGAGAUCACGGACGAAUACUACGGUCGUCUUAGGACAUGCUCCUUCAAGGUGCAGAUCCUCGACGCCGACGGCGAGCAGUGGAAGGAAACGGAUGACAUCGGCGAUGCUGCUCUGUUCGUCGGGGUGAACAGUUCGAUGUGCGUGUCGACGAGGGAGCACCCAGAGAUCAGGGCCGGCUGCGUCUACUACACCGAGAAUGAUGUGGGGCCGUGCAAUGACGCAUAUGAUCAGAGUGGCGUCGGGGUGUUCAACCUCAAGGAUGGCAGGGCGGAGAAGGUCCAGGGCCUCGGGCAGCACCGGAACUGGCCACCGCCGGCAUGGUUCAUUCCUUCCUUCCAAUGAUAAAAAGAUAUGAUGAUUGAUUUGGUAGG